CCCCCCCCCCCCCCCGACCACAUACCACAUCGUAAUUACGACUCCCGAACUAGUGAGUAGAAGUUUCUGAGGACUAAAAGGUGAUCGGCACUGUUAACUGAACAAGUCGGAGGUCUGUUUGGAUUGUAGCAGUCAUGACUGUGUUCAAAGACUGCUCCAUAGUAGUGGACCUGAAGAAUGUACCUUUUAAGGAGAAGCGGAGGCUAGUGUCUGGUAUAUUAGACAAUGGAGGAAACAUAUCUUAUGUAGUCACCCAGAAGUGCUCUUUUGUGGUGGCCAGCAGCCUGGAGACCCUGAGCUGUAGCAGGCAGAGGGCAUCCCAGAAGCACCAGAUCCCCGUGGUCGGCGUGCAGUAUGUGUGGACUUGCUUGGAAAAGGGGCAGCUUCUUCCUGUGAAGGAGCACGUCUUACAGCCUCAGGCCUCUGACUCCAGACCCAAACCCUCCCCACGCCCAGGGCAGAAGGUGUCACAAGUUCACCCAGAGCUCCCGGACAGGAAGGAAGACACAUACCUGGAAGAGCUCAGGUUAAAUAAGGGAAAUGAAGACAACACACCAGAGUUUCCUUCACAUUUCCAAGUUGCCAAAUACUCCUUUUUUCUCAAGGCUGUAGUCGAGACCUGGGCAGUGGUGGAGCUCCAGAGUGCCAGAGGAGAGGGAGAACAGCAGUACCGCGUCACGAGCGCCAUCAUGCGUGAGGUGUCCGUGGUACAGGACCAGCAGGUGCACUGCUGUAGCUCUGAGGACGCUCUGGAGGCGUACGUGCAGUUCAACACAGAGCUGCAGUCCCAGGGCUUUACGCAGACAGAGUCGCUCCCCUCCGAGGCCGAGGCGCUGGCCUCACACACUCUGCAGCAGCUGCUGCUGGAGGAGCGGCUGAGCUGCUGCGACGUCUCACAGGACGUGGGCGUCUUCUUGGAGCUCAUCUGGACGGAGGCCCUCGGGUCACUCGCCAGCCUCCUCACUGUCCCUGUUACAAGCCUCAGCCUCAAUGACGUGAGUAGGGUGGAGGGGUUGCUGCUACAGGUGCAGAAGUGUGAGAGUGAAGAUGAGGUCCAGCUCCUCCUGCAGGAAGUCAGUACCCUGUUACCGCUCAGAGAGACGGAGGCUGAGGCCAGGGCGAAGCUUGUGUCUCAGAGACUGGACCUCUGUCAGCUUAUCCGAGAUAUUCUGAACGUGAGCGAAGCCACUUUGGGGAACCCCUCUCCCUCUUCUUUGGGGAAGUAUCGCGCCCUGAGGUGCAACAUUCAACCCGUCGCCUCUGAAAGCCCAGAAUAUCAGUCUGUCUGCAAACUUUUACAAGAGAGGCCAGUUCAGAUCCAGCAAGUACUUCGUGUGUGUAGAUCAUCAGAACUUCAUAUGUUUAGGGAGCAGCUAUGUAACAUUAAGCCCCUCCUCCAUUCUACAUUUCCUAGCAACUUUGUGGGAAUCUUGUCACGAGGUCUGCUGCUGCCGAGGGUUGGAGUUGAACAGCAUGGCAUUAAAAGAACUGACGUAGGAAAUCUGGGAAGUGGCAUCUACUUCAGUGACUCUCUGAACACCUCUGUGAAGUAUUCCAGGCCCAGCGUGACGGACGGCUCACGCCUGUUGCUGGUGUGUGAUGUGGCUCUGGGCCAGUGUAAGGACGUGUACAAGAAGGACCCAUCUCUGAUCUGCGCUCCCGACGGCCACAGCAGUGUGCAUGGCGUCCACCGCACACCGAACACACGCUCAGAGUUUGAGGAUGAUGAAUAUGUGGUGUACAACACCGAUCAGGUCAGGCUGAAAUAUGUAGUUCAGUACUUUCUGAAGGAAGACCAGCCGAAACCUUUUGAACCUCACAUUGAUACCUCUGUGGAGUGUUUACCUUCUGUCAUGACCUCUGACCUAUUGUCCAGUGAUGACGCAGAGGGGUUGGAGGUCACAAAGAACCCUCUGGAGGAUGUCACUCCUGGUUUGUUAGACAGCAGUGGGUCCACACUCCCCCUAGAGGCUGUCCAUGUGAGGUGCAAGCUGAUGGACCUUCUCUGUCAGGUUAUCAUUUUCCAGGUAUACACGAACAAGAGUGACGUUCCUAUUGAGGCUAAGUACGUGUUCCCUUUAGAAGAGACGGCAGCCGUGUGCGGCUUUGAAGCCUUCAUUAACGGGAAGCAUGUGGUCGGAAAGGUGAAGGAGAAGGAACAGGCCCGUAAGGAGUAUAAGCAGGCUAUAGAGAAAGGUCACGGAGCCUAUCUGAUGGACCAGGAAGCACCUGACGUGUUUACCAUCAGUGUUGGGAACUUGCCCGCUGGGGCCACAGUGCUGAUCAAAGUGACCUACAUCACGGAGCUGGUCGUGCGGUCAGGCACUGUCGUCUUUUCCCUGCCUGCCAGCGUGGCUCCUUGGCAACAGAGCGCAGCGCUAAACCAGAGAACUCAGACGUCUGUGGAGAAGGUUGGUGUGAAGGAGCUUAGAGCAGAGGGGGUGUUCUCUUUGCACAUGUCCAUUGAGAUGCCUUACGAGAUCACUGGUCUGGAGUGUUCUCAUCAUAUCAGAACCAAGAGGACAGACUGUAAAGCCGUGGUCAUGACCCUGCCUGACCAGAGCCUCAGCACUGACGGCUUCCAGCUCAGCUUCUCCCUGUCUCAGAUGCACAUGCCCAGGAUGUGGGUGGAGAAACAUCCUGAGAAGGACAGUGAGGCCUGCAUGCUGGUCUUCUACCCGGACUUUGAGUGCGGCGACGCGCGGUGGUCCGGAGUGAGCGACGUGGUCAUUGUGCUGGACACGUCAGAGUCCAUGCGCGGGGAGCCGCUGGUGAACGCGCGCCGCCUCGCUCUGAAGGCUCUGUGCUCGCUGGACCGCUCCCUGAGGGUCAACGUCGUCUGCUUCGGCACUGAUUACAAAGAGGCCUUCCCUUCACCAAGAGUACUAGAGGAAGUCUUUGAACAAGCCAAAACGUUCAUUAUGUCCUCCCCUGCCAUUGGUGGCAGCACUGAGCUGUGGAGGCCUCUGCGCAGCCUGAACCUUCUGCCGCCGUCGCGAGGCCUGAGGAACGUCUUGCUGCUCUCGGACGGCCAUAUGCAGAACCAGCCUCAGACCCUGCAGCUGGUGCGGGGUAACGCCUGCCACACACGCCUCUUCACCUGCGGCCUCAGCCCGACGGCCAAUCGGCACAUGUUGCGGGCACUGGCUCAGGCUGGUGGGGGAGUUUAUGAGUUUUUUGACGCAAAGAAAAAACACACCUGGGCUGAGAAGGUGAAAUCUCAGGUGAGGUGCAUGGCAUCUCCAGGCUGCAUGUCCGUGUCGGUGAAGUGGCAGCGGUUCAACCCCACAGCACCCCCUCCUGUUCAAGCACCCUCACAGCUGAGUGCUCUCUUCAGCAACUGUCACACUCUGGUUUAUGGUUUCGUGCCUCACUGUUCUCAGGCUACUCUGUUUGGUGAUCUCAGUGGACAGGAAAUUCAAACAAUGGUUUCUACUACAGAAUUACAGAAGACUAAGGGAACAUUCCUUCACAAGCUUACAGCGAGAGCAAUUAUCAGAGACUAUGAGGAUGGCAGUCUUGGCAUUAGCGAGGCAGAACAUGAGGGAAGGAAAGCAGAGCUGAAGUCCUACAUCAUCGAGCUCAGCAAAGAGUUCUCCAUCCUGUCUCAGUUUACCAGCUUUGUUGCCAUUGAAGAAAGGGAUCCGGAGCAGCCGGAAUCUGGAUUCACUUCCGUACCUGACCUGAUUUCAGAAGGGGAUGGGAAUGUGGAUAUCCUGCCCUACAUGGGCUGGCUUGAGGAGGAAGAGGAGGAGGGUUCUUCACUCAGUGACUCGUCCUUUGGAGACAUGGAGUUUGGUGCUGUAGAAUGCGACGCAGUGUACAAGACAUGUUUACAAACUAACGGGUCCUCCAGUCUGACAUCAGACCUCCCUUGUUCUCCUCCUGGCUCUGAGAUGGUCUGUACUGCAGACAUGUCUUUCCACAUUCUCCACCAUGACGAAGAAAGUUCCCAAGAUUAUGCUCCGCCCCCCAGUGAGGUUUCCGAGCUGCUGGCCCCACCACGACACACACGUCCUUAUAUCUGCACAAGCUUUGUUCCAAGUUUGCAGCCAAGUCUUCGUGCUGCUACGUCUCCUGGUGAUAUUGAUGCCCAUCUCCUGUCAGAUGUCCCUGUGUCUUCUCCUGUCCCUCCUGUACUCGGUGGUAUCUCUUCCAGAAUUCAUGCCAUGUCCUCUAGCUUUUUUGGUCAGAGGAGCAAGGGCGAUUAUCUCGGUGCUGAGCCCGCUGUCUCCAGUGUUGCUUCUCUUCGGCCCUUGUCGCUUAGUGGUGCACCUCCUUCUUCUUUUGGUGGUAGAGGCCUUUUUGGCAGUAGUCGACGUUCCCUGAUUUGUCUGGACAGGGAACCCUCUGAACCUCUGAAUCUUUGUGCAGGUGGUGGUUUUAGUUUUCGGGCCCCUCCCCCUAUUGACUCCCAGGCCACUUCUCCUCCCAUAACCUCUCCUCCCAUAACCUCUCCUCCCAUAUCUUCUAUCGCUUCUGCUUAUGCCAUUGGCUUUGCUCCCCAGAUCCCUCCCCCUCCUGCUCACAAUGCCGCUCCUCCUGUCCCACAGGCCCCUCCUCACAUCGCUGCUCCUGAAAUCAUUGAGUUUGCUCGCCGUGCCCGCAACUCCAUUUCUUUCUUCAUGGCCCCUCCUCCUGUCCCCCAAGCCACUCCUCUGGUCCCACAGGCCCCGCCUCCCAUUGGUUUUGGUGGUGCCAUUGGCUUAGCUCACCAUGUCAUUCCAUAUACUCACCAGAGCCAUAGCUAUCUUCUCCCCCAGGCCCCUCCUCCUGUCCCACAAGCCCCUCCUCCUCCUCCCAUCCCUGCUCCUGCUGUCAUUGACCUUCUUCCCCAUUCCUCUUCCACUUUGGACACCUCUGAUGACUUGGAAUUCCAGUUUCUCAAGAUGGUUCCUAAGAAGGGAUAUUUUGAAAAGAGACGUGGCAGUUCUAGACAAGACCUUUUUCGUUUUGCAAGGAAACAUGUUCAGAAGAGGAGGCAACCUGACACGAUCAACUGGGAGGAGCUGUUUGAUCUCCAACAUCAGGAUGGCUACUGGGAAUGCACUUGGAGGCUGAGCACAUUCCUCGGCCUGGAUGUAGACUUCUUUGCCAAUGUUUUUCUAAAAGAAAAAGGCAUCUGCUCUUUGGGGGUGAAGGUCCACACUGCCAUCCUCAGGCUGGUGGCCACGUUGCUGGUGCUGCAGUUGGUGCGUGUGAAGAUGGUGUUGGGGGUGGAGUUGUUCCACUCUCUCAUGCACCUUGCCAACGCCCCAAAGUCCAGGCCAGCGUGCUGGGAGGCAGUGCAGCGAGCCGUGAGCUGGGCUCAGGGGGCAGACAGGCAGUACCCCUGCGUGUGCACGCGCCUCGAGCUCGGUUGGGACUGGGAGUCGUGCACACGGCAGCUUCUGGGCCUGGAUGCACCUCCUCCACACUCCCCUCUGCUGCCAGUCCUGCAGAGGAGCGCAUGCACAACCCAGGUCCAGAAAUAGAGUUUCAGAAAAAAGUUUCAGAAAUAUUCACUCAACAGAAUUUAUUGAAUUAAUUAAUUAAUGAACUUGUGCAAAAGGAAUGUUGCCGGUAUCUAAACUAUAUAGCUUAUAGAUAUGUAUCCUAGAAAUUCAUCACAGAUUUCUAAACUAUAUAGUUAUAGAUAUCUUAGAAAUUCAUCAGAUUUCUAAACUAUAUAGAUAAAUAUGUUAGAAAUUCAUUGCAGAUUUCUAUUUCUAAACUAUAUAGCUAUAAGGUAAUACCUUUUUUUUUGCUUGAAAUUUCUUUUUCUUCUGAACUUGUACCUUAAGUAGUGUUUUUUUCUGUUAGGUAGUGUAAGGUGUGUUGUUGCAAGAAUGACAAAUGUGAUUGGAGGAAGAGAUCAUUUAAUAUUUUAGCUACGUUUUUUGGGGUGACUCAUGCAUUUGAGACUUCCACAAUUUAGUGCAAAGGUUGAAAUGAAAUCGACAAACUUCACAUGGACAAAUCAGUUGUUUAAAUAGUUUUUAGUGGAUUAAGAAGGAAUCGUCACCUUCGCUGUCUGGCUUCUACAGCACCGAUGACAGAAGACAUGCAGCCCCCAAUCCUGUACGCUUGUAGCGUAGAGGAAUUUACACGCAGGUUCUGUUUCUUGUUCCCUUGAUUAUACAGUUCCUGUGAUUUGACGAAUAGUUCAGUAACAAUCAAAACCCUUCAGCAAGUGCAUGGUUGUGUCUGCCUAGACAAGAACAUCUUUUGGCAGUUUGGGUGUGUCGAAUGCACAGACAUGAAUAAUUGUUUUUAAUGUUUUAUUGAUUCUAUGAUUUCUCUGAUUAAAUUAAAGGCCUUUGCUGUUUUUGAUUUUUGCGACAAAAAGUAAACAGAAUUACAAAUAUAAAAACUGCAGUACAAUCUUUUACAUUUUCCUGUUUUAACCAAAUAGAAUUUUAUGAACAUAAUCUAAAAUACUUGCCAGCAUUUCACCUAUUAAUGCACUUAUAUUUAAUAUUACUUUAUUAUAUAAUAAUUUCUGCAUUAACUUUUGGGGUUUUAAUUGGCCUUGUACUGGGCUUUUGCUGAAAUUUAGGAUAUUCUAUUAGUCAUAUAAUGCUAAUGUUCUUGUUGCUGUCCUGGUUGCCGUGCUGGUUGCUGUUCUUCUUCCUGUCCUGGUUGCCGUGCUGGUUGCUGUUCUUCCUGUCCUAGUUGCCGUGCUGGUUGCUGUUCUUCUUCCUGUCCUGGUUGCCGUGCUGGUUGCUGUUCUUCUUCCUGUCCUGGUUGCCGUGCUGGUUGCUGUUCUUCUUCCUGUCCUGGUUGCCGUGCUGGUUGCUGUUCUUCUUCCUGUCCUAGUUGCCGUGCUGGUUGCUGUUCUUCUUCCUGUCCUGGUUGCCGUGCUGGUUGCUGUUCUUCUUCCUGUCCUGGUUCGAGUGCUGGUUGCUGUGCUGAUUGUGGCUCCUCCAUUUCCUGUACCAUGUAGGUUUGCAGGAGCAAUGAAAUUCCAUUUCAAAGAUGCUCUGGAGGAUGUAGAAGACGAUAAGGAUGAGAAAAGCGUUGGCAGCCGUUGAGAGGAGGCUGAACAGUUUCUGCGGUACAUCAGGUGGCAGGUGCGUCAUCCUUGAAGACUUCACUCAGUUCAACCUCAGAUGUGGAGAAAUUGAGAGAAAACGUUGAUGUCCAGCUGCCCAAAACCUCUUUAACUUGUGUGAUCGCUUUAGAGGUGUCAACAGUCCAAACAGAGUCUGAUUCUGAAGGCGAUGCCCUCGGAAUUCUUCAGUUAUGAUGUGUGUGCAUGAUGUGGACAUUGAGUACCCACAGGUUCCUCUUGGAAAGUCCUUCAACCAUGUCCACAAGUUUCAGUAUAAGUAACUUAUGUUAGAGACUUAUUGUUAAUUUCAUAUUGAUGUGUAAAAUUUCUUUGUUUUCAGUACCUAUGAACGAUUUUGACUGUUUUCUUGCUUUUUUACCAAAGUUAUUAUUUUUCUGUAUGUGAUGUUGCUAAUUCCGUCCUUAUUACUUUGUACAAUCAAAAAAGUGACACUAAUAUGGAACUAAACGUGUCACGAGUGAAGAACGUGCAGACCAAAAAAAGCAAAGUAAAGGAAGCGAACGCGACUCUUCAAGUGUUUAAAGAAAACUCCGAACACAAAAGUGUACUGAAUACGACAAAGGAAACCGACGUGACAUUAACGACGGACAACGGUGAAGAAACUAUACCGGCUUAAAUAAGGCAAGCAAUAAUGUCAUAAUAACCCCCAGGUGGGGAGGAUAAUAAUAAUUAAAUAACAAUGCAUUGUAUUUAUAUAGCGCUUUUCAAGGACCCAAAGACGCUUACAAGAGUUAGUACCAAAACAAGAAAUGACUAGGUUAGCUCAGCACUGGGCUCAUCAUGGCUCCACAGAUAAUCUGUACUGAUGCAGUUAAAUACAAUGCAAAUAUGCUCCUCCCGUCUGCUCCAUGCUCAGGUCUUCUUGAAUUCAGACAGAUAUGGCAGGUUGUUGCCAUCGGCACAGCGAUCCGUUUUGCGCAUCAACAGCCUGGUACAGUGUAACGUGUCCAAUCUUCUGAACUCUGCAACCAGUGUCCCACCUGUGUGUGAGAUUUAAAUGAGUUAAGUGAUGUUGUCAUACAUAAUAAAAGGCAAAGCGAUA